AUGCCUCGAGGAAAAACGAUCACCGACCACGAAAAAGGCCAAAUACAGGCAUAUUUGGAGGUUAACAAGUCGCUCCGUUGGAUCGCCAAUGCGUUGGGACGCAGCGAUAAACUAGUCCGGACGUAUGUUGCGAAGCUCAAGCAAUCCCCAAAUCCUAAGAGACCUGGACGGCGCACGAAACUGACGCGACGAGACGUUCGACGAAUUUUCCGACUCGCCACACGCAAAGGAAUGUCAUCUAGGCAGAUCUCAGCAGCCAUAAGCGGUAAAGUAACUCAACGCACUGUAAUUCGUGUGCUUAAAAUGUCCAAAUUCGCAAAGUACAUAAAACGCCGCUCGGGCCCGCGCCUCACCUCCAAGCACAAGAAGGACCGGGUCGAAUUUGCCUCCAAUUAUCUUAACAAGCUUGCUGAGUUGAAGACCACGAUGUUCUCUGACGAGAAGAAAUUCAACCUUGAUGGCCCCGACGGCUGUCAGUAUUAUUGGCAUGACCUGCGUGAAGAUGUUGAAACCUACUCCAAGCGUGUCGCGGGUGGGGGCUCAGUUAUGGUGUGGGGCGGAAUGAGCUUCUACAACAAGACUGAACUCGCAUUCCUCGAAGGACGACCAGACUCGGCGCGGUACCAAGAAACCCUGGAGGCAUACCUCUUGCCAGCGAUGCGGGAGUUGAGCGAGUUGACCUCAAAGGCAAUGCCAGGGGAUACCAUGCCUUGGCCUGCAAAUAGCCCUGAUUUGAAUCCUAUCGAGAACGUUUGGGGGGAUCUCCAAAAACUCAAAGAGUUGUUGCACCCAGAGACAUCGCCGUAUGCAUUUCAACCACUUCGUCCGGUCAAAGCAAGGAAACGACCCAAACCUCCAGCAUCGCUUCUGCCACUGCCUGCCAAUCGGUCGUACGACCCCGCCCUUGUCCACGAGUUAGCUACUUGCGAGCACUUGGUUGUAAAAACCAUCCUCCACCGCGAAGAUACCCUCGAGCGUGCAAAGAUGCUGUUGCACACUACACGUCUAUUGCCACGUCAAGACAAGCACACGCUACGUUUGCAAUGCUGUGUGGCCACCGUGGAUGUUCUUUUGGCGAUUCGAGAUUGGCGGCAACGGCUCGCAGCCAUUCAAUCGUUUGGGCGCGUCUUUCUCUGGAACGGAGUCUCGUACAUUCGUAAAUUGGCCACCGAUGUGCCAGCUCUCAAGCAAACGCUUGUGAUUACCACUUCACCGACUUCCAUGCCCAAUCCAUUCUUCUUGCCCUGCACCCUAGAAAGUCUACUAGCCCCCUCCUACGACAUGAUCAACUGGAUGGAUGAUAUGGAUGCCACCCAGCGCCUUCGAGACGCCGCCUCCGUCUUGUUUCACGACCAAGAGUUUAUUCAGCUUUGGAAGGACUCGGCAUUGGUUUGUUCCAAUCGUUUUCUUCGAUACAAUGCAAGGCACCAUGCCACCACCAACCCCUUCCUGGAUCGAAUCCGUGCCAGUCAGCUGGAAUUCGUGCAGAAGAGUUCGCUAUUCGACACAUCGCCUGGUCUCCGCCUGCUAUGUCACGCCCUCCUUCACCACCUGCAUGUGGACUGUCGGUGGGACCCAAAGCACUUGCUGAGUUCGUUGCUAGAGUUUCAACCAGCGGACAUGGCAUCGUCCGCGGAGGUUGCCUUGACCGAUCUGUUUGCCAACCAUCCAUCUGCCCACCCGUCCAAACUGUUCGGUGAUCACGCCGUGUGCGCCUCUUUGAGUCUUUUUGUCUUGCACAUUCUUGUUCAACUCGUCGGCCAAAAACAUCGAUGUCCCAUGGUUCGUCUUGACAAUAGCACCCCCACUUUGCCAUUGUCCCCUGCUUCGACAUUUCACAUCCCAAUCCGAUUUGCGCUGCAUCGAGCAUUGGUCCACUGUCGAGCAUCGUCCACCCAACGUGUCGAUAUCACCGUCGCCACACCAGUGCAAGUGUUGACACAGCGAAUGACCAUCGACGACUUAUUGCAAAUGUGUUCAAGCUCGUCCACCACAACCAACAACGAGCCCAACGCCAAUCCUUUGCUUCAAGAUAGCCAAACGUUGUCGGCGUGGAUCAAGGCAACUUUCUUACACCAAUGUCAUCUGACAGCACUUCCACUACAAACGGCCACGUUUACUCCGACGUUGUUGGUGGCUGUGGUGCGAGCCAAUCCAGAAGGAAUGCGUCCCGUUCGUCUGGGGUCCCUUGAUGUGUUACCCUCUACAACGCUGGCCCAAGCUAGGGCAAUUGUCGACGUCAAUUAUUUCCAGGAGUGCCCGCAACCGUUUCGGUUUCUCUAUCGGGGAAGUCCAUGUCCGGUGGCUCAAGAAGCAUUUCGUUGUGUCGCCGGCGCAAUACGAAUGGACAACCCGACACUUGUCGUGUGUUCGAUGGAGUCGCCGUCAUCAAUUCGAUCGAUGCCACACCCACAGCGAAAGGUCAAAGCCCAGCGGAUGGUUGCGCAUCUGAUGUACAUUCCAAUUGCGUUGGCCGCGGAAGAAAAGCGAUUUCGCGAAGAGCGGGAGCGCUUGGAGGCCCUCGCCCGGUUACCACGACCACCAACGUCCAUUUCCAUGUUUGUCCAGGUGGACGUUCCGGCGUUGGAACUGUCGUCAUUUCACAUCCCCAACGAUCGCUUGUGGACGGUCGCGCAAUUGUUCGACGAGGUGGCGAAGCAGUUUGAAUGUCGCGUGUCCAGCGCUACCCACGACGUCGUUGUGGAUGGCAACAUCCUGUUGCAUACGGUCGUGGCUGAAUCAAGCUGGGACAAGUGCACUUUGAACUUUGUGCACCACCGAGUGAACAUCGACGUGCCUUGUGGUGCAGUCUUUUACGUCCAGCAGCACAGUCACAUUGUCGUCUUACGGCAACGCGCUUGCGCGAACCUUCCACCACCCUUUGAUCACUGGGGCUUGACCCCAGGACGAAAGGUGUACAUUCCUAGCUCUCGUGACGACAUGUAUACAGUCACAAGCACGAGUAUUACCAGUAAAGGCGUCGUGUCAUUCCUCCUGGAUCGACCUUACGCUGGCCCCACCGAUUGGUUUGCAAACAUAACCAUGCACAUGCCGCGGUUGCUAGCAGAUCCACGGCUGGAGUGGGAAGUUCAGGGAAAACUGACGUCGUAUGUCGUUCGGCAUCGAACUAAAGUCCGCGGGCGAUGGUUCGGCAAGGCCAUGCCCGUGUCCGACGCCCUCUGUCGCCUCCAGACGUCUGACAUCCUCCCACACGUUCGCGCAUUGACUGUCGACUGGUUUGUGGAUUUUCUGUACGAUACUAUUUGCACCGCGUUUCCCCUCUCGUACGGCAUCACAACAGUGAAAUUCGCGACUUUCUUGAAGGCGUAUCGCCUUGCCGCGUCCUUGCACAUGGUCACACCAAACGAGUGCCACGUGUACUUUAGUCGAUUUCUAAAUGGCCACGACGUGCUGCUGAAACCUCAGUUUCGUGUCGCACUCAACGAUAUCGCACAUCAAGUGCUCCAAUCAACAUCACCCCCCCGGGCGCUCGACAAAGCAGCGGUCAACUGCGACCAGAACCAUUUCUGCGAAGUUGUUCCACCCUCGCCUCUCACCCUUUGUCGGUUUUUGUUUUCCCAUGUCCUUUCUUAUGCCCCCCUGCCAGUGCAAGACGCAGUGUUUGGCCACUGCACGGAGCUUGCAUUGACGACAUUCCUCCAAGCACAGUGUGCGUCGCUCGCACUUCAAUCGAUGGCUCGUAUGCGCUGCCGUCGUCAACAGUACCUACGGCGGCGACGCCAGACGGUGUUAGUGCAAGCCACGUGGCGCCGAUUCGUUUGUCGACGGAAGUACCUAUACGACCAAGCGACCCGCGCCCGCCACGCCCGUCUUUGCUUGGAAAUGCAAAGUGCCGUUCGAUUGCUCAUGUACUUGCGUCGCGUGGUGCUCCAACGUCGCAUCGACGCCCGGGAUGCCGCGAAUCGGCUAGCGGACCGCACGAUGCUGGCAUUUGCAAACGACCACCGAUGGUGUCGUCGGUCCCUUCACGACUAUCACCACCUUGCACAGCCCCAGCAGCAUGACGAACCAUCGGCCGAUAUGACAACUUCUGCAUGCGGAGCUCGAAAGGGGAAUCGACGACACCAAGGGCGAGUAGUGGCGCUGUACAACCGCCACAGCCAUACGUUUACGCGGCUCAUCCUCCAGAUACACUCACAUCCCCGCCUUUCGUCGCUCCGAUGGCUCACGGCGUACGACCCCCGCCACUCGUCCGUGCAGGUGCUCCCGCUGGACACAAGUGCCCUCCAACGGAUGAUCCCAUCGACGGAUUGGACAACCAUCAACGAUAACCUCGUGCGUCGCCUGGAAGUCCAUCGUUCGUCGGCCAUUAGGUUGAGUCGGAAGGAGCAUGCGACGCAACCAGGGCGGCGCCUGAUCCAGUUGGCGAUGGCGUUGCCAGUGGCCAACAUUCCACGGCGCCAGCAUCGACGUCCGACGCGGUUUGUUCUAAAAGCUGUCGAAUACAGUAAUGAAGUCAUCGUGCAAGUAUACAACCCCAGGGAUUCGAAGACAUGGCGAUUUCCAUCAACGUCCAACGACGAAAGGCACUUGCUAACUGUGAUUCAAUCGUUGCGAGUGGUGUCCUUGGAAGUCCCUGGCGAGUACACUGUCAUGCUUGAAAUGGCUGUCGAUGCGAUCCUGCGGUCGCACAUUGUGUUGGAACUUCAGCGCCACGUUCGUCGCAAAUUGGCCCAACGUCGUGCUCAAGACCUUGCGGUACUCCAAUGGCUUCGCGUGCAAGUGAAGAACCGAUACCAAUACGUCCACGCUCCGUCAGGAUUGUGGCGACACUCGUCCAAGCCAGCGAUGCUUCGAGAUGCCAACCCCGUCAAUGUCAUGCGCGAAUGGUACUACGUCGGCAACUACACCCAAACCAAAGUGCCGUAUGCGUACUACAUCUUGCCACGACGAAGUACUAUCUCGCGCAAAUCAAAAGUCCACGCCGCCAUUCAUAUCCAAACGUGGUACCGUAACCGCGGCCACAAUCGGCACCUCUUUGAUUGCGUUCGAACCAUGAUCACAUUGCAUCAAUUUCACGUCCAGUGGCAAGUGCAAAGUCAGACUACCCCCUUCAUCCACAUCCCUCGCCUUGUCUUGUACAAAGCCAUGUGGCGACACCUCUUUCAUGAGAACCUGGACGGUGCGGCCCCACUCUACGAAGAUGCAGUGCGCUUGUUGGUUGGGAAUAUUCCCAUUCCACCGUCCGAUGUUGCCCUAGUCGUGUGUUGCAGUGCUGUGUUUUGGCUAUCUGCGAGUUCGAACGACCGACGCCAACUGGCUCUAUCAUAUUUAAGCCGGUAUCGAACGAAAUUGUUGGAAUCUGACGUGGAGUUCGUACAUCAACGCUUUUACCAUUGGGCUAUUGUGAACCACCCGUUGUCCGAUGUGGCUACCCACGCCUACGCGGUCUUCCUGCAUCUCGUCCGAGGACAUGUCACUCAGGCGGACACUCUGUACAAUGCAUCAAUAGAUCGGAAUUGCCCUCGAGAGCUAGUGGAAGCGAAUCGACGGCUGGCUCAUGUGAACGGUGAUCUGAUAUACGAAGUGUCAAACUUGGACGAUUUUGCACUCGCGUUGCGACCACAAGAUCGCCGUUCGAGAACAAACCCUGUCGUGAUUCUUCAACGCCACUUCCGCCGCACUAGGCGGCAAUACCUGCGCAUGCCGAGUCUAUUCGCCACGAUGCGGGCCAUCUCGGUGAAUGCGUUGGCUAUUGAAAAGUUCCAAACCCUAAGCCCCAUCUCGUCGCCAACCACCAUGGAAUCGGUCGAGAAUUACAUUUUACACAUGCACCUCGUUCAGCAUACCCCCCAUGUUGUGGCAAGUCUAUACGCGUCCUACUACUUGACGUCCCCAGCCGUUCGCUGUGGCUACGCCCUGUGGCUCCUUUCCGAGUCUAGUCCUGGCAGCACGACCAAAGCCGUGCAUCUUCUUGCAGACAUGACUGUCGAAAUGAAAACAAAGGGCGUUUUGCGUGCCUUGGAAGUGACAUUUCUUCGCUUUGUUGUGAUGUGUAACCCCCCCGACGUUCAGGGGCUCCUCAACUACGCCCUUUACGCCCAAUUUGUCUUGCAACAGUAUGACGUGGCUGAGCGACUAUUUGCUGCCGCUGUGGCGUUCCCACAAGACGACCAUUUCCCCCUUGCGUUGAAAUUGUCGUUUCGGUUUCGACAACACCGGCUCCCUUGCAACGUCUCGAGUGGUUUGGGCCCCACGCGUGCCGUGUAUUAUGAUAAAACGACCCAAACUGUCGUGACGUUGGGGUGUUGGAGCCGCCUUUGUUUCUACGUCCGGCAAAUCUACCCCGUGUAUUUCUGGUGUCACGCGCUGACCUUUCAACGAGUGUGGGAAGACCGUAUCAUGUUAGGCCUCCUCAAUGUAUCCCAUGACGUGAGGGAAUAUGUCGCUCAACUUCGACAAUCUCAAGCCAUCUCCAAGUUGCAGGCAUCGAGCCGGCAGUGGCUCGACCGGCGGCACUUUCUCCGUUUACGCGAGUUUCCGAUGCAUGGCGGCUCCAUGGAAGCGGCAUUGACAUUGCACUUUGUAGAGGGGAACUGGGUUAAAGCUGAAUCGGCGUACAUUCAACUGUUGUACGUCGAGCCUUGGAAUGCAGUGGCGACGGGGGGGCUGGUCAUGGUGCAGCGUCUGUUGCAGACCCUGCAACCACGUGAUGCCACGUCAUCGCACAACCAUCGGGGAAAAUGGACGCAGGCGUACAAGCGGUUCCAUUGUUCGAUCAAUUCCAAUCGUCGUGCCGACGGCGUCCGCGUGCUGCUCCAGUGGAGUCGACUCGCGUUGACCACCCAGCCAUUUCCGUCCCUUCCAUAUCUUCCAUCGCAAACGCAUGCAUCAACGCCGUGGUGGCGAUGGCUGAACUAUGCGUUGUGUCUUCACUAUAUCGCACAACGUUAUGACGUGGCAGAAUCCGUCUAUCAAAAGUACAGUUGCAACGGUCCUUCCACGAGCGAUUACGAUGUAUUUGCGAUGAUGCACCGCGACUUUUUACGUCAACGGGGUCGCAACGAGCUUCACAUGGGUGAUUUCCCACCUCGUGAAGGACGCCGAGAUGCCGUUCCGGUGCCGCCGCAUCCUUCGUGGACUCUAAUCGACCCUUCAUGGCAGCGUAUUCGAGCCCACCGACAUGUGUAUUGGCGGCACCAGACAACUGGCAUGUGCCGGUGGAGUGUCAAGCUCAGUAUUUGCCCUGACGCGGCGCAUCUCGCCGCUCGGACGAUUCAAAAGUGGGCCAAACGACAUUGGAAUCCUUUCGCCAUGCUGUCAGCGUGGACUAGCGGUCGCUGCGAAGUAGACAUGUUGGAGAUUGAGAUCCACGACAGUUGGGCAAACGAUCCGGCGUUGUGCCCGUUGGGGCUGUUGGUGUGCUGCUUUGAGAACACCCCUGCCGAACGCGGACACUCCAUCUUUGGAUCCCAAUGGAACACUAGGCUCCAUGCCGUCUCGAAACCAACGUGGGAGACCAAAGUCCUGCCGUGCUUUCAGUUUGCACUUGCGAGGAGCCCACUGUCCCCCCGCGUCUGGCUGCUUGUCGCGCUGAUUGCGCACUAUAUUCAACCCACGAACGCCGUGCUUGCUCAUCGCUUAUACCACCACAGUCUCGCCCUCGCUGCAUCCGACAAACGGGUGGCAGAUGUAGUACACUACCAUUGGCGAGAGCUCGAGCGACAAUUUCCCCAUGUUUGCUCUCGUCGAACGGUGUACCAUAAGGAUACUGUCACCGUGGCUACUGUCCAUCCGUUUCUACGACUGCGAGUGUGGCACGGACAGUAUCUUUGGUGGAACACACUCACCGAACGCAUCCUCGUCCAGCCGACGCGGUUGCUGUUUCAAGUGCCCAUCGCAUUGUGCAACCGGGAUGACGUCGUGUGUCGGAUUCAGCGGUUUCUCCGCCAACACGGCCGACCUUGUUUGCAUCGAGUCGUGUACCAGAGCGGCGUGUUUCGACGUGUGCGUUGGUUGUACGAAGAGGCCCGACCGCCGUCUCCACUCGACCUAUCCGACUCGUUGUCACCCAACAUCCAAUCGUCCGAGGCGUGGCUGCGACGUGGUUUGUACCGUUGGUGCAAAUCGAACGACUUGCAGGAGGGGUUGAAAGUGUGGAUGGAAGGAUGCGAACACUGUCCACUCGACAGCCCACUAGUGCAAGUCACAACUUUGGCCACCAUGGUCAGCCAUAGAAACCUUCACCACCCAACUGCCCUGCAACAGUUGCUGGUGACGAAACCCCACCCGUGCUUCAGCAACGGAGGGAUAGUCUGGGACUGCCUUUACUGGACACUCUUGACCACUCAAUCUCAAGAAACGUUGACACAAGUGUAUCUGAUUCUCGCAUUGGGUGCGUUGCACGUGUCCAAGCAAGUUGCUGACGCACACUGGUGGUGUCUUCAAGCGUUUGGGGCCGCUGGUUCCACCAAUAAUCCGUGCUACCGUGAGAUGCUCGAGAACUUCUUUACCUACUACCACGACGAGAUCCAAUUGUUGGGGCCAUCGAUGGCCAUGCGACAAGGUGCUACGUUGACCGCUCCAUCCUUGUCGUCAUCUGUCGUGGCGGAGUGGUUGCAGUACUCCAUGACGUCGUGGCAGCAUCAUCCAAAGGGAUUCUACGUGCACACUCGGUCUGGUAAAGCGUACUGGGCCAAGCCCGUCGCUCUAUCGAUCACUCCUCGAUCGCAUCAAUACAUCCACGCCGCUCAUGUAUUACAAGCGUUUUGGCGGUUCUAUGGAAGCUUGUGGCGACAGCUGCGACGACGGUACUUGCCGCAGCUGACAUCCGCUGUCAACUUCCACAACAAAAUCAAAGCCCAAGACACAACGCCCAUAGAGCGGGCCUUGAUGGUGCACGCCUUGCAUGGCGAUGUCGCCACUGCCUCGGCGAUGUACAUGACCAUCCUAUCCAACCAACCCAGAGAUUCAGUUGCGAUGCGGGGCUUGGCCUUGUGCUACUUGGCUUCCGACGCUCCUUUAGAUCAAAUUUCACGGCGCGCCGACGUGUUGUUGCAACGAGCUGCCCUUGUCGAUGCUACCUCCACGGGGACCAAGAGUCUGGAUCAAGGGAUGAUAGCCAGCUAUUACUUCGUGUUUGGGCUCUUGGGUGCCCCAGACAACCCGUGUAUGGUGCUCAAUGUGGCGUUGUGGCAUGAAUAUGUUGUUCGAAACGAUGCUGUGGCCCGCAAAUGUUAUCACUGGGCCACGCACAGAUCGAUGCAUAGCCUAGCACUGCCGCGGAUUCGACAUCAGCUGCAGUGCUUACCAACUGGACUCCACCCCCAAGGGCCUUUGCGCCGCCCCAAGCACACCAUGGCCAUUCGGCAGCAUCCCCUCUUUCCAGAAUGGAUGCAAUGUCUCGAUCUGUCAGUUGAUGCCCCUGUGCUUUCGUUGUACUGGUUCAACUCCAAGACCACACGCACGGCGUGGAGUGUACCCCAGCACGCAUACGUCGUCGUCAAGUACAGUGAACGCCAGCGCCAUAGCAUUGCCAUUCUACAAAGGUUUUAUCGGCGCCAUGUCACAUGUACGACCCCCGUAGCGUUUGGAGUCAAGUCGCUCGUACGAGCGCUCAAGUACCAUCAUUCUGUCCGAGUCAAGUACGAGGCCGACCCAACGCGAUCCGCGGCGGUGGCCAACUACGCCCUCCAUGUCCACACGUUUGAGAACGACCCGAAGCGAGCCAAGCUGUUGUACAAGGAAGCGUUGACUGUGAGCAAGCACCAUGUCGUGUCGUGCUGCUACGCGCUGUUCCUCUUGGCGGUGUGUCAGCCCCCUCGAUUGCACUCAACCCGCGAAGCCGCCACACGAAUUGCAGAGGCAAAGCGAGCCAGCCCCACGUGGCAAGCCGACUUUGCCGUCGCCCACCACUGCUUCUUUCGAUACGCGCUGGUGGCGCACCCUAGCGAAUCGUGGGCCUGGCUCAAUUAUGCGUUGCUGAUGGAAUGCAUAUACGAAGACGCCGAGGUGGCCGACCACAUGUACCGACGGGGGCUCGCUCUCGAGGAAGAGAUCAAAGCAAAACGACAAACUAGGAAUCGUCGGGCUAGUAGCAGUAGUAGUAAUAGCAGUAGCUCUGUCGUUUUUCUUGCCACUGGGUUUCUUGACGAGAACUACACGGCGUUUCGACUCAAGUGUGCAAAAGGCGGGAGCUUAGGCCUCCAAGGGCCGCUCCAACGCGUAUACAAGGCGUCGACAUGUGUCCACUCGUGGGGACAUUGGAAAUACAUGCAAAUGCCAUCAAGUGAAGUACAAGCUGCUGUGGAAUCAGAAGUUGGCUUGAUGGCAACUAGCGAUAACGUCACGAGUCGAAUGUUCUGGUACAACAUGAUAACGUGUCAAACGUUCUGGGACCGUCCCGACUCACUGUGUCCAUCCAUUGACGCUGUGACGCCUGCAUUUGUUCGAACCCAUGCUCAAUGGAGCAGUCGAUGCCAUAACGUCAUUGUUCGAUUACAGAGAUGGGUUCGAACGUGUAUAUGCCGGCGUGUGGGUCUGGUGCUCGUCACUUUCGACGCCCCUCGGGCAUGGAAUCGAUUGAUUUUGUCGACCGACAAGUUUGACGUUGCGUUAACUACCCAUGCAAUCCACUGCGAUGCGAACAAAGCGGUCGCCAUGUACCGGGCGGUGUUGGAUGCGACGCCCAAACAUCCACAUGCGUCGUGGUGUUUAGGGCUCGCUCUCCUUUCGCUAGGCAGACACGACGAAGCCUUGCCACUGCUACAUCCCAAGAUGCCACCCAAUCGGGGUCUCCUCUCCGCUGCGUCCGCGACCUUUCGCUCCCUCUCGCCACUUUCAAUAGCAGCAGCGUCGGAUCGCGGACGACAGUUCCACCGAAGGGGCACGACAACGAGUGGCAGCAGCAGCCCCACGAUCCCCGCCGUCCGUCGAGUGAGGGAGGAUGGUGACCCCUCCCGUCCUCCUUCAGCGACACGGCCGUCCCCCAUCCACACUCCCUCCAAGCUGUCCAAAGCCUCUGCCCAAAUUGCCCUUGUGUUUCAAUUCCAAGCCGUGCGACAGCCCACGGACCCGACGUCGCUGCUGCAAUUUGCCCUUGUGCUUCAGCAUAACCCCCAUCGCCCGGACGCUUUUUUGGCGGUCGCGCGGUUCUUCAUGCAGCGCGCGGUGCGCUGCGCUCAAGCCGACGACUCGUUUCCGUCCACCCACCUAUCUACAAUGACGAGUGUGCAACACGCUCUGUGGCGUCAACUGUGGGAAACCGAAGACAAUGGCGGCAGGUGCUGCGGGCCAGGACAAGCAGCGUAUCGAUCGUCCACGCUGGUAGCCGUUCAUGGCGAUGGAUGGCAGCGGCGAGAAUGGACGGACGGUGAUGUGCCCCAUCCAUGUCGACGCUUUUGGGUGCACGUUCCGACGUGUCGGACGCAGUGGUCUGACCCCAGCGAUACUCUUGUAAACAACGACAUUCCAACGUACUGA